CUUCCGGGUGGCGGCGCCGGUGGGUGUCGGGGGCUGUUGAGCGGCGGCGCUCGGCCGCCCGCCCGCGCCAUGUGGUACGUCAUGCAGAGCGUGCAGAGCAAGUACUCGCUGUCCGAGCGCCUCAUCCGCACCAUCGCCGCCAUCCGCUCCUUCCCGCACGACAACGUCGAGGACCUCAUCGGCCGGGGAGCAGACGUGAACUGCAUGCAUGGCACGCUGAAACCGCUGCACUGCGCCUGUAUGGUGGCUGACGCCGACUGUGUGGAGCUGCUGCUGCAGAAGGGAGCCGAGGUGAACGCCCUGGACGGCUACAACCGGACCGCGCUGCACUACGCAGCAGAGAAGGACGAGACGUGUGUGGAGAUCCUGCUGGAAUACGGCGCCGACCCCAACGCGCUGGACGGCAACAAGGACACGCCGCUGCACUGGGCCGCCUUCAAGAACAACGCGGAGUGCGCGCGGGCGCUGCUGGAGAGCGGCGCGCGGGUCGACGCGCGCGACUACAACGACGACACGCCGCUCAGCUGGGCCGCCAUGAAGGGCAACCUGGAGAGCGUGAGCGUCCUGCUCGACUUCGGCGCCGAGGUGCGCGUGGUCAACCUCAAAGGGCAGACGCCCAUCUCGCGCCUCGUGGCGCUGCUCGGCCGGGGCCUGGGCACGGAGCGUGAGGAUUCCUGCUUCGACCUGCUGCACCGGGCCGCCGGGCACGUGGAGCUGCGCAGGAACGGCCGCCUGCCCCGCGAGGUGACGCGGGACCAGCAGCUCUGCGAGAAGCUCACGCUGCUGUGCUCCGCGCCGGGCACGCUCAAGACGCUGUCGCGCUGCGCCGUGCGCCGCAGCCUGGGCGUGCGCUUCCUGCCCGAGGCCGUGAAGGCGCUGCCGCUGCCCGCCUCCCUGCAGGAAUACGUGCUGCUCCUCAGCUAAGCGAGAGCGGACGCUCCGGGCGCCGCCUCGCGUCGUUCCGCGCUUGGCUUACGACCCCCUUCCGCCCCGCUCCGUGCGGGGUGCCGAGAGCAACCCGAGGAUCCGCUCGCUUUGGGCCUCGCACAGGCUGCAUCCCCUCCUGGGCUGCUCGCCCGCCUGGGAUUCCUCCUGCUCGGAUCCGGGGUGGGGGAGUGCCAUGCUCCGGUGCUUGGCUCCUCCCGAGCUCUCUCCCUUUGCUUUGAGCUGCAUCCUCCCCAGACAACCCGCCCAUAUUGGAUCCCGGAUCCUCCUUUGCUCCAGGCAAGAGGUUGGGAGGAGGUGCUGCAGUGACCUGUUGGCGGGAAGCGCAGGGAAAAGCACAUCCCGAGUCCGCGUAUCGGCUCCACCUGAACGGAGCGCCACGAGCACAGGCUUCCUUUCAACAUGUGGGAAGGUCUUUCCUCCUCUUCCCUCUAGUUUUUAAGACUUUCCCGGCUUUUUCAAGGGGAAAAGUGGGGAACAGAGGGCUCGGCAAACCAAGCGUGAUCCCCGGGGCCGCUGAGGGAAGCGUCGGGAUAAAGGUGCGAGUUGGUCGAGCAGGGACAUGCGCUCGGAGCGAGGCGCUGUGGCUGCUGACUCCUUCCUCCACUUGCCCCUUCGGAUUUGCACCGUCCACUGCCCGUCUUGUCGUUUUUAUUUAUGUAUCCACGUGUAUUUUGGAAGGAAUCAUGCAAAAGCAGCCCGUCCG